AUGUCGUCUGAGAAUGCCCUUCCUCCUUCGGACCCAUCACUUUGUGUCCAAACGUCUUCUGAUGCCAGGGCGAAACGAAAAAUCGCCGCCCUCAUGGAGGAGGUUGAACUUUUGAAGCAGGAUAAAGCGAUAAAGCAAAGGAAGACAACAUAUUAUGUUUCACAGGGACGAGCGAUUCGACGGAUGGUGGCCCUUUACACUCCCAUACGGGAUCUAAUUAUCGAAAAUGACCGGCGCUGUGAUGAUGGCCUAAACAGCGACCCCACUCCAGAACAAAAGCGCCUUCAACGAGGCUACAUUGAAUUCGUUAAAGUAUUGCCGUGGGUUCACGAAAAGCUGUCAAAGUUUGACAACGAGGAGUUGGAUGACAUGCUGAAAAAGCUCAAGCAGGGCGCAGACUCAGCACGUGGUGACGACACGGGAACUCUCAAAGAGCUCGUGGCAUCAUGGGUGAAUAUCGAGUACAAUCCGACUCCUCUCAUCAGGUUGGAUGACAAGCACCAUCGGGGUUUUGCGAACGACGCAUGCGGCAAACUUCUCUGCCCAGCAGAAUGGCGGUGGGGAGACCCAGUCGUCAGAGCUGGUAUUUGUGACCGUACAACUACCUUCAUUGUGUCUGAGAAUUCAUGGCCGACAUUCAUGUAUGAAAACUAUCAAGCGGAUGCCAAGAAUUUGGAACGUGGUCUCUUCAAGUCGAAGCUGUUGGUUAUGGGGUUCAAGGCUAUCUUUACAUCUCCGUCGUCUGCCAACGAAGUGGAUGGUGACGGCGACGGUGCCGAUAUCAUCGAGAAUAACCGACGCUCCCGGAGACGAUCAGACCAAACCAAAGUGAAAACUUGUGUGGCUUCUAUCAUAGGUAUGAGGAAGGUUACUCCUCGUGCGAUCGCGUAUGCAACUUGUCAAAUCCGUUUUGCGCUUUCUAAUAUCACCUCUUGGCGCGCUCUAGACGGAGACUUCGAUUAUCAAAUUUUCUGGGACAACAUCAUGGAUUUCUUCGAUGACGCCCCGGGUCCAGCGGCACGGGCCAGGGUCAGAGAGCUUCUUGAAUGGUGGACGAGAAAAGUUUUCGGGAGAAACCAUCGGGAGGACUUGACAAUGGACGUUGUUUCCUGGAUGUCUGUUAACUCUCUCGCUGCCCAGAGACAGGAGAUGGAAGAUGACGCGUUUGACGAAUAG